AUGAGCACCCCUCAGCCUCCCGCAACAGGGCUCUCGGCAAUCAAGAUCGAAGUCACACCUGUCCCGGCCUCCUCAUCACCCGUACUGCCCACCAAAACCAGCACCGAAACCAUCAACGGUUGUCCCACCACCGUCAUCACGCAGAGCUUUGCCGAUCGGAUCUUUAUCACCGUCACACAGCUCAACAAGUUCGGAUGUUUCUACCAGGCUGUCACCUCCACAAAUCCUGCUGCUUACGAUAGCGAGGACGCCGCCCAUGACGGUGGGUCAAGCAGCAAUCUGCCUCCGCCGCUGCCAUCGACCUCGGUGAGCAAGCUCGUAGGCACCGAGCCGAGUCCUGCGUACACAGCGCUGUACCAGCUCUAUGUGGCGCAAAUCGCGAGUAUUGUGAAGCGCGAUGCAGGUGGCGAUAUGAGACCGCUCAUCGUCUCGCUUGCCCUCAAGCCAAGUGCGAACAAAGGGACGACGAGGGACGAAGGGUAUGAGGAUUCGGAUGAUGAGGCGGAUUCAUUGCUGUUGACCAGCGGGGACGAGCAGAAGCGCUUCGUUGCUGUCAUGGAGACUGUUCAGAAAUGCAGAGUCUGGUAA